AAAAAGAGUUCCGCACUUCGCGGCUUCCGUACAAUCACAGUCAGGAAGAGCUGAUAUCUUUCAAUCGUAGAAUCAGACGCUAAACCCGCGACACCCAACUGAGAAAACACCGUGUGAAAAAAUCAGCUGUCAUGCCUAGGGCCACUGUGAUGCUGCUGCUUUCUGUGGACUGACAUCAUUAAAAAGGAGCUGCUUUGGUUAUCCUUGCACAUAAACUAUCUGGAAGGAUGAAGCUAAGACUGCAUUUUGUGGUGGACCCCAUGGGCUGGUUCUGCAUUAGCAUGGUGCUGUUUGUCUGGCUCUAUAACAGCUUCCUGAUACCCAAACUGGUCCUAUUGCCACAUUAUGCAGAGGGACACAUACCUGCUGCAGUUGUGGCCUUUUACUAUCUAGCAUCACUUCUGUGCGUCUCAGCAUUAUUCAGGGCUUCCACCGCCAACCCCGGAAAACUUGCUCAGGACCCCAAAAUUCCUCUCGCAGAGAGAGAAAACUGGGAACUGUGCAAUAAAUGCAACAUGAUGAGGCCAAAGAGGUCACACCACUGCAGCCGCUGUGGCCACUGUGUCCGCCGCAUGGACCAUCACUGUCCCUGGAUUAAUAACUGUGUUGGGGAGGAUAACCACUGGCUCUUUUUGCAGCUGUGUUUUUACACUCAGGUUCUGAGUCUCUACACCCUGGUGUUGGACUUCUGCCAGUACUACUACUUCCAGCCCCUGUCCUCGGUGGACCGGGCAGACUUUGCGGUACUUCAUGAAUUGGCUCUUCUACGUGGGUCUUGUUUCAUGGGGCUGAUGAUGUUUGGUGGAAUGAGCAGCCUUUUCUACACACAAGUCAAAGGAAUCCUUGCAGACACAACUACUAUAGAGAAGAUGUCACACUUACUGGAAGACAUUGGACCGUGCCGGUCGUGGCAGCAAGCGAUGGCUGAGGUGUUUGGCACUCGCUGGAAGAUCCUGUGGUUCCUGCCGUUCAGGAGCAGACAGCCUCUAAGGCUCAACUUGACCUCCCGCCCUCAUGUGUAGACAGACAGACAGAGACGCACACAUCACUCCAGUGGGGAAGGUCACCCUCCGACAACCCCUCUCCCCACCCCUUGUCUUCAGCAAAAUCCUCUCCAAAAUAGCUUGGUAUCUCUAAAGGAUUGGACUUUUACAGGUUCUUCAUAACAUUUUAGAAUAAUCUGGCACAUAUCUUUUAAUACAAAAUGAAUACAGUUGUAGUUGAACGUUGUCAAAAACAUUUUUUGGACUGCACAUGCUGGGUCAGGAUUGUAUUUACUACUGAAAUAGGAUUACAGGGAAUAGUUUAUUGUGAGGCUUGGUUGUCUCCAGGGUAAUCCUUAUUUGUUGAGACCUCGGCCCAGUCCACUCCCCUAGGCCUGGAUCACGUGAAUGGUUUUCAUGCGAGUAGGGAUGCAAGUGGGCGGAGAUUGUCUGGUUUUAUGGCACCGAGGGUUGAUGGCUCUCGAGGUGAGUCGUGACCUCUGGCAUGAGUAAAAGACACUGAAGAACACACACACAAACAGUUUACAAUAACUUUCACUAUCAUGCAUAUAAUUCUGCAUAACUCACCAAGCACUGCUAAUGCCUCUGCUGAGCGUUUGACUACUAUUAAUGCGAUUGAUCACUUUUACUUUUUUUUUUUUUUUUCUUUAUUAAUGUUUGUGUGCCUUUUUCAGUCUACAAGUUUUGAACAUAACUUUUUUUAUUACAAUUUUGUUUAGUUUUUUUGUUUUAUAAACAUCAGUUCACUUGAUUUUUUUAGGAGCUAUUAAACCAAUGUUAAUAAUAAUACUUGAUGCAAGUUUCAUAUUUGAAAACGAUAUUGCAAUAAUAUUACCUUAAAAGAUGCUUGGAAAAAGAUAAAAUGUUAUAAAGUUCAGUUAUUCACUAAAAAGGGAUGGAUAAAACAUUAUUUGUCACUUUAAAUGAUUUUUGCCCAGAUUUUAACGAAGGUUCCACAACAAUGUUACAUAAGUGCUUGGUUUGUCAUUAAAUUACCUUUUUAACUUUUCUAUGUGAUUCAGAUCAACCCCAAAAUCUAGCAGCAAAUCACACAUUUUCUGAAGUGCCUCUAAACAUGCAGUUUGAAUAGAAUAACUUACUAUCUGUUAGGUGCACAAAUACACCACUGUGACUUUUUGGUAUUAGAUCAGAUUUACUUUACUGUGUUUUCAGGUAACUGUAAUGAUCCACAAGAACAUUUGGGUUCAUAUUAUACAUUUAUCUUGACAAGCCGUUGUAGAUGAAACAAUUAUUACACAAUAAUAUGCACGAAUAGUUAAUUGUGCAAUUGUGGGUUUUGUCCACUAGGCCUAAAGAGUUAAUGUAAUCAAGUAAAGCUUGGUAAUUAUGGUCUAUGUAAUUUUGACGCAUUAAUAGGCACAUUUUUCUUCUGACAGUAGCACUGGCGGUGAUCAGGUUUCCCUUUCUAGCCUAAUUCUAGCUGUAGUCGACAUUCCAUUAAAAAGGUUAGAGGUACAGAAAAUAAAUUUAAUUCAAAACUAAUUUCCCGCUUUUAUUUUGUCUUGUGUUACUCUCCACCUGAAUAAUUUUAUAAAAUGGUUACUCUUUUUUUUUUUUUUUUUCACUUACAAGCUGACAACAUUCACUUCAUACUUGAUAUAUACUUGAAUAUUUAUAGUGAAUCUCAUGCAUUUAACUUUUGUCUUUUUUGGCAUGUUAUAAUUUUCAUAAAAAAUGUAUCAUUCUUUAUCGGGAUAUUUAUGGUCAAGGGUCUAAUAAUUGGUUAUUAAAAACUACUCUAUCUUCUGUGGUUAUUUCAAAUUGCUGAGUGUUGUAGCAGCUUUGCUCUUUUGCUUAUUUUAAAUACAAGACAUUUUAUUAGGGCCCGGGCACUGCAGUGGGAGGACCCUAUUGGAAUUGCUCAGUUUAUUAUUAUUGUUGUUUAUAUUGCUAAACCACUGAUGUGUAGUAUGUAACACUGGGUACAGUGCAGGGGCUAUUGGAUCGAUUCCAUUACUCAUAUGAUAUUUAUUUAAUAUUUCUAACAUUACAGAACAAUUUUCAUAUCCUUAUAUUAACAUGACAUCAGUUAUUUAGAGAGCUUAUAAAAGAGCAGUAUACUCACUGUAGCUGUUGAUAUACAGGCCAUGUUCAUGUGUGUUUGUGUCCAUUGUAAAGCAAUAAAACCUGCUAGAAAUUAUUCACUAUUUUAGCAGAUAUGUCAGUUGUAUGUGCAGGUAGUUCACUAAAUUUAUUUUAUUUGAAUCUACUCUUCAUGAAUAUUAUAAUAUAGGAAACUACUAAUUGCUGUCCUGUUGAGGAAGAUGAUGUUCAGGUUUAUGAUUGAAAUUUAUCAGUUAUGGUGUUUGUCUAUUUCCUUAAUUUCUGGUUUCAGUUACAAAGUUUAUUUUGUAAUCAUUGGAAUGUUAAGGAUAUCAGAUAUAUAAAAUAUGAUGUCAGUUUUUUUUUUUUUUUU